AUGACAUUUGCCUCAAAACUGAAAAAACGAUCAAGGUAACUACACGUGUUGCUGUUUUGCUUUGCAAUAGAAUAGUCUAUAUGAGUAAAUUUAAAAAAGAGAUCAUUUUCUCAGGCGGAGGAAGUCAAGUUCAGAUUCUGAACCAAUUUUUUAUCUAAAGGGGAGAAUUUAUUGUCGGAUUCAAAAAUAAACCUCACGAUCUACAGUUUUGGGUUUGCAAAAUCAUUAAUUAAAGCACCUAAGAUGUCGAAAUUGUUGACAAAAUGUAGGCUUCUUCAAUGAAUAAAUCCCACAGUUUAUUCAUUCACUAGGCAAACGAGACCUUUUCCAAUCGCAUCGGAACACUCUACAAGUAAGCAAAACUUCAAAAAAAUUGGACAUACGACAGCUUUUGGCAACGGCUUGCAGAACCUCAAACCCAAUCUGUCCUUCCUGGUUUCUGAUUUGGGAAUCAUAGUACCUCAACAGGCCCUCCCCUAA